AUGUCCUGUCCCCACGCACAUCCACGGUUCCCAACUGUCCCUACCAAUCCAGCACAGAACCUGCUUCCUUAUAUUGACCUUCCCCGCGUAGAGGGAGCCAAUGUCGCCAACCCACCAGCGUCACGUGUCCUGAAAUCACCACAUGAACCCAUUGCGUCUCUAUAUGGGCCAGAAAUGCUAUUAAUUGUCCCCUUCUCCACUGAGGUGAAGGUAUAUUCCAUACUAUUACAAACUGAUGUUCCAGUGACUCUUGCAAUUUGGAAGAAUCCUCCCUCUCAUUUGGAUCUCGGAACAGCCUUGCCCGGCUCUGCAACUUUCCAUGCACACCAUCCGGCACAUUCGAUCGAACCAAUAGAACACCACCUCCCUCGUCAUAGGUUUGCAGGCGUUACAUGUGUUGCUCUCCUCCUUAGAUGGGAAGAACAAAUGGAUUUUGAUAAUUCCCUUAUAGACGUCUCUUAUUUAGAAUUCCGUGGGGAAUCUACAUCCAUUUCCCGCGCAAUUGGAUCUCUCGCGCAUGUUGUCUAUGAGAAAAAACCUCAACUGGAGGACCACAAAACAAUGGCCUCGUUCAUGAACAACACACUUCUCCAGUAA